UGAUGUUGUUAAGUUUUUUUUCAGACUGAAUAGUGUGUAAUCUAACAAGUAUUUUUUGUUGCAGCCAGAAAGUGUACGAUGUUGUUCACCCGUCGUGGCUUAUAAAGUGUCUGGUAAGUAGAAAACGUUCGGCAACACCGCCACCAAAUUAUCACAUAUGUCACUGUGGUCUGACAUUUAUGACUUUUCACUUUGUUUCUUGAUUUCUCUAUACGUUGCUUGACCAAUGGAAACCAAUGAUUCUUUGAUACCAAUAAAAACUCAGUAGAUGUCGGCCUCUACGUGACUGUAGAUUAUAGCGUAUUGCUUUAAAGAUGUUCUUUGUAGGGUUAGCAGGAGGAAAACCGGUGUGGACUGAAUGUCACCUGUUUGUGACUUUGUCUCUUUUGGAGGUAAACUAACAUGAAAAUUUCGAAGAAACGCUUUCUUCGUUAAAUUGACUCUUCUCUUCGGUUGUUGUUGUUGUUGUUUAUUAAUAACGAGAAAAUGUGGACGGUUUAGACCAUAGUGACUAUUCUCCAAAUUUUGGUGCAUAUAAAUCGUGACCGGUCGUUUCGCCAUCCCUUUUGCGAACUAAACAAAUAAUGAUUUGGAGGUAGCACAUCUACAAAGCGGUUCUUCGUCUACCUGAUCCUUGGUCGAAUUGGAAUUUGAAAAUGUUGGUUUUUGAGGAGAGGGGAAAACCGGAGUACCCGGAGAAAAACCUCUCGGAGCAAACGAGAGAACCAACAACUAAGACCCUGUUUACAUGGAGUGGGGGACCCAGGUUUAGUGGGGUAGGUUUCUUUUGUUUUGUGUCCCCCAAAACGAGCGCUGCGCAUGUAUAGACAUCGUUCUAUCAGCCAUGAUAAGAAAAAGUGCGAUACGCAUGUAUAAUGUAUACCUCGUUUAUUAUUACUGAUCAGGCGAGAGCAGUUAAGGAACUGACCCGACACGUAAGCAAAACAACUUGAGACGUCCGCGAAAUGACUCGUAGACGAAACGAUCGCAAACCCGUAUAAAUAUUGACUUAUUUUAAUUUGUUAAUGAUAGGAAUGUGGGCUGCUGAAGGCGUGGCUGCCGAGUGAGAUGUUACAUUUUUCAGUGCGAACUGCUGAUAAAUUUGCCGAAGAAUAUGAUUGCUUUGGUGAUAGUUACACUCACAAUUCCACCCCUGAGUCACUGAAAGAAAUUUUCGAUAAAGUGCCAACACAGGUGAGGGGACUGUUAAACUUCUGAAAGUUAACUUAAUAUUUUUACCAGGACAUCUUCACGCCUUCUAGCCUGCGAAAACAUCCGUUUCUCCUCGCUCUUCGCCGCUGGGGACGUUUCGCGCGAAACGUCCUCAGCGGCCAAGAGCGAGGAGAAACGGGUGUUUUCGCAGGCUACACGCCUUCUUUUCGAUUUAAACCUAGAACUAGGGCCUUCUUAAUUAUUUAAUUACAACUUGGUGGCAUAAUAGUUGCUCUUUCAGUAUAUAGAAGCAGUAACUAUUGUGACCUAUACUCACUGGUGCAUGUUCAAGUUACUUUUCUAGUUUAACGAACCACCCCCGGGUGGUACUCCCCUACAAAAGUGACGGGGGUGCUCGUCGGAAAUUUUUGAGAACACCCCUAGGAGGUACCAGAAUCUUGUUUUAUGGGCGUGUCAAUACAACAACUAAUCAUACAACUGGCGCUGCAAAUUUUAAUAGUAAUAAAGAUAACUUUCGAACAAUUUCUUCUUAACGACUCUUUGAAAGUAUUGUGAUAAAUGUUUAUCCUAAUCAGUCAUUUCAGGCUUUAGCACCCUAAGCCGUACCAAUCCACAAAUUUGAACCCCUGAAAGGUACCCUAAACCCAGCACCCCCGUCACUUUUAGAGGGGAGUACCGCUCCCCGGGACGAAACCGUGCCUGUUUAAGCACCAGUUAAGUCCUAGGGAAGUCCUUUUUCUAGAUAUCCAUUCCGUCUCUUCCAUGUUUGGGUGUGUUCCUUUCGGCAAAUCCAAAUCCCGAUUUUUGAUCUGGUGAAUCCUUUUUGGAAAAGGAAAUCCGAAGAAUCCAAAUCCAGUUUAACGGAUUAGUGAUCUACGCUGUUCCAUUCACAGUGGAUCGGAAAUUAGUCAGAUGAUCCACCGGUAUUUCCAGUUGAAGUAUUCCCAUAGAGGCCGUAGAGUUUCCUCGUUGCUGUCAUUUGCCGCAAAACAUCUGAAAACACUAGAAGAUUGUUCCUGGUACGUUAAAUAUCCAUAUACUAACCAUUUGUCUCUAAAGAUUGCUUGAAAUCAGAAAUAAGUAAAAGUAACAAAUGGACUGCUAUCUAACUACAAACUCGCUUGUAGACGCGACAGGCACUCGAUCGUGUUACAUAAAAAAAUCCGAGCUAUGGAACUGGAUCAUACUGGCCGACAUUCUUUAGAUAAUUUUCAAUUUCAAUGCGCUUCUUUCUUUGUCUGUUUUAUAUGUUCCAUCGUCGCUAUUCGAACUGCCGACCGCUAAAUUCUGCACGGUAUAAUCGCAUAAUUUGUCAAAGAGUAGAAAACACGUCAUUUUUUGAGAGGCUGUCGUGCAUAUUGCACGCGUUGGCGAAAGGUUACCAAGGUUACAAAUCCAAUUUCGGAUUUCACGUUCCUUUCCUGCGAAAUCUGGCAAAUCUAGGAUCAAAAAUCCGUUUUUGGAUUCGCCGAAAGGAACACAGUACACCCUUUCUGUGUUAUUGUAGCACAUACCCUGGCAAAAUGCUGUUUCUUGCAUAUGACUAAUUUUCAUAAAGUUCAGAUUUGCAAGGCAUUUUCUGGAAAGCAUACACAGUGAAUUUCACUAGGGUACUGUACUCCCCGCUCCCUUACUUGUUUGCAAUGCCUGUGUACUUUGAGCUCUUUGAUAAAAUACAUCACCGUUAUGGAAGGCAAGAGUGACAUAAUUACACUAGUUCGUUAAUAACAACCAUAGCGUAAUAGUUUAUUUCCUUUCUUUUAAAGAACAAGACAGUGUCUCUUUCUAAAGAACAAGUAUUGGAAAUAAAGGAAAACUAUUUUCCAGAUAAUUUGUCUAUGGGGUUAUUCAGUCAUUGCAGGUUAGAAUAAAUUUAAUUUCAUUUUACAGCAGUUGCUCGUUAGAAUCCUUUAACAAUCACAUUUCAGUUAGCCUGCGUGGCAGGCGUUCGAAAGGGAAGGGGAAGGGAAUUAGGGCGCGAGACCACGCGCGAGGGGGGAGGGAGGAGGGGAACGCCUGCAAGGAAGCCAUUGUUUUCGCCAUCCCACCUACUAAUUAAAAAAAUAACAAUAUAACGCAACUGCUCUCGCGCGCCCAAAUUCCCCCUUCCCCUUCCCCUUUUAAAGCCUACCACGCAGGCUACAUUUCAGUGGGAACUAAUCAGAACGGCAGCUUACUCUGGAGCUUACUGAAUGAAAGCUAAAUUCAUCAUUCAUCUUCAUAUAGCAUGCCUGUAGUAGAAUUGGAUCUUGUUUACUGUGGGUAAUGUCGACUGAGAUAUCGGUCGACAUAGCGGUCGAUAUAGCGGUCGACAGUCGGUCGAUAUAGCGGUCGACAGUCGGUCGACAGUCGGUCGAUAGUCGGUCGAUAGUCGGUCGAUAGUUGGUCGAUAGUCGGUCGAUGGUCGGUCGAUAGUUGGUCGAUAGUCGGUCGAUAGUGAGAUAGACUAUCGGUCGAGUAUCGGUCGAUAUUCCGUCGACGCACCUCGACUUACUAUCGGUCAUAUGUCGGUGAUAUAUCGGUCAACUGUCGGUGAUAUAUCGGUCAACUGUCGGUGGUAUAUCAGUCAACUGUCGGUGGUAUAUCGGUGAACUGUCGGUGGUAUAUCGGUCAACUGUCGGUGGUAUAUCGGUCAACUGUCGUUCGAAUAUUAGUCGUGUGUUAAUUUAUCACGUGAGUCCAAUGGCUUUUUUUUUUUUAAGCAAAGACGUCAUUAAUUACUGUUAUCAUGCGAUGGGGAACAUGUGGCAAAGCAAGGCGCGAUUACGCUAUGAAGAGAACCGAAGAGCACUGGGAACUAAGGACAUGAUAACCUUUUUUUUCCAGUUUGUAUCAUCACCGAUCGUCUGAGUUUUAGCUGUUAAACAGAACCUGUCUCAGCCUAAGUUGAAUCUGCUGCUCCUGUGGUCCCGCAAAAAUGUAGGAAAAUGUAGGAAAUGCUAAGUGUCGACCGACCAUCGACCGAGUGUCGACCAAUUACUGACCGACACAUCGAUCAAGUAUCGACCAACUAUCGACCAAGUAUCGGCAAAGUGUCGGCGAAAUGUCGGCGAAAUGUCGGCGAAGUGUCGGUGAACUAAAAGCUAUAUCGGCCGAGACACAUCUGGAACGACUAUCGGCCGUGUCUCGACCGAGUGUCGACCCACUAUCGACCGACUAUCGACCGCUAUAUCGACCGACUGUCGACCGAGUGUCGACCGACUAUCGACCGAGUGUCGACCAAGUAUCGACCGAGUGUCGACCGACUAUCGACCGAGUGUCGACCGCUAUAUCGACCGCUAUAUCGACCGAUAUCUCUCGGUCGACAUUACCCACAAUUAUAGAAUAAUCGUAGCCAACAGUUACCAGCGCCGUACAAACGACUUAUUGACGAGAUCAAGCAAAACUAACUACGAGAGAACGACUGGAGAACUGACAAUUUGACUAACAAUAGAUGACUGUUUAACUGUGACAAGAGACUGAUUACGAGUCUUCAUAGCCAAAUGAAUAACAUCACGGCUUAACUGACAGACGACCAAUAACAUCACGACGUAAUUGACCAAACAGAUCAGUAACCAGAGUAUAAUACCAUCAACUGACGUGAUACAACUCACUCUGACUCUGAAGAUAACUACCGCACAGAUUGUCGAAACGUCAGUCACUAUCAACAACAACAGUCCUAUUCAGGACUACGUUCACCCGGACGAUGAAACUCAACCUACUUUUAAAAUGACUCCUGGGUUCAAACCUUUCACAGAAUAAUAUUAAUUCGUUAUCUUCAAAUAUGGGAGGCGCUAUACCUUGUUAUGCAAUCCAAAGGGUUUUUGCUGUUGCAGCUUUAAAUCAUUGAGUAAUUUGAUAAACAAAAAAUUAAGCAAGAGAAAAAAAGGAGAUUCAGUGUGUCAACAGGCGUCACGCUACGGGUUGUCGCAUAUUCCUCGUGCCUCCUUUUGGACUUCUCGAGUAGAAGCUCCUCCAAGUAUGAAAAACUAAGUCAUUCGGCUGACGGCACCUUUGACUUCUAUUUAUCUUAGAGUUUACCUUGACCGGUACAGUUGCAUCGGGGACUCAUCAACAGUAAGUAGCCCCGGCGUUUAGUCUCUUUGUAUACACCCUCUGUUUUUAAGAAACCUGCGGGCAGACGUUUCUCCUCGCUCAUCUUCGCUGAGGGACGUUUCGGGACGUUUCGUUUCGUUCCACCUCGCGAAAUGUUCCUCAGCGGCGAUGAUCGAAAGAAACGUCUGCCGUUCGCAGGCCAUAUUUUAACACGAUGAGACUUCAAAACUAAAAGCUUACGACUCCCGGAAUUAAUGUACCAUAAAUCGCAUGCAUUUAACAUAUUCAAGGAAAUGCUGUGAGCAAAUUCUAUCAUCCAUGGAUAUCAAUUACCAGGACCUGAAUUUUCCAAGUAAACACAAUCACUUUCCUUGUGCCGGGCCGGGAAGUGGAGAUGUUUAACGUUUUAAAUUUAAGUUACUUUUUAACGAAAUAACCCACGAAAGGAAAAUGCCGGAGUUUCUAUUGUAUCUUGUGAUCAAAGCUAUAUCCCUGACCAUUUACCAGGGUAAAAAUUGUCUCGCUUUCCAAUAUGAUUGUUUUUCAAUUUACAAAGUGCUUUACAUGACUGGAUGCCAUAUCCUUGAGACUGAAAAAAAAAACAUUUCCCCGAUCCGUUGUAAAGGUCAGUUACGUUAGGUGUGAUGAAUAUGUUUCAAUGCAUUACUGAUUUCUCUUUAAGGAGAUACCUAACUGCCGUCUGCAGCUAGUUGAGUUGAAACUUCGUCUUUACGGUGCCCAAGUUACGCACAGCUUCGAUGUCAAAGUAACACACGUCAUCUUUGAUGAAAGGUAAAAAUCAAACCAAAAAUAUUUCUUUAUUUUGAAUAAGAAAACAUUGCACGCUUAAGACCAGUGACAAAUGGUAGUGGAUGGGCGCAUUCUAUAGGCCCGCCCAAACAUUGAACAAUUUUCGUACAGAAUGUAGAAGAUAACAAACUUAUAAUGUUGGAAUAGAAAAACCGUAACCUUACUUCUUUCAGUCACAUAAACGUCCUACACCUUAAUUUAUUAAUAUAGCGUUAAACCUCCAUUAAGCGGCCACCUUCGGGGCACCGGCAAGCGACCGCUUAAUAGAGGUUGACCGCUAUGGAGGUUCGUCAUGAACCGUUCAUAAAUUCGCAGAAUCUUUAGCAGAAUCGAAAACAUCACUUAAUUUUAAAACAAACACUCGAUGGGGGCAGCGUUAGUGUUUUACAAUCGGUCGUGACCUCCUCUCUUUAUCAUAUUCUUAAAAUAAAGCCAAAGUUAGUCUGUCAAGUGCUUUAGAGGUAACAACAAUUGGAAAACUCUCGUUGGACAGCAAAAGGGGGCGACAGCCGCUUAAUAGAGGUGGCUGCUCAACAGUUAGAGGUUUAAUUCCCCAUUAUUGGUUACAAUUAUUUCGGGCUUUGAUUACUGCCCGCUUAAUAGAGGUUAGGUAGCCGCAUAAUGGGGGUUCAACUGUAUUUUCAAUUUUUUUUGUCUUUUUUGCUUAAAUUUAAGUAGAUAGCGUGAAGUUAAGCACAGAUAGAGUAUUGAAAGAUAGAGCACUGUGAAAUCAGAGGUUCUAAACGGACGUAUUGUUUUUCUAAUGUCUUUUUUGUAUUUACUUAGUGACCUAAGUCGUCUUCAAGACUUUCAACGAAUGCAGGACGAACAUACAAAGCAGCAUUUUGUGAGUUUGAAUUGGUUUGUCCAGUCAAUACAAGCAGAGAAGCUCUUGCCAGAAAGAUAUUUCAGACCAACUACCUAAUGCAGCUGCUCCUAACCCUCACGGAACAGUCCUUGUUUGCCUGCACUAUUAAACUUCGAAUGGUCGCUUCUAAAACUUACACUGUGCUACUGUGUGGUGUAGAUGUUGCACGAAGUAUUACGUACGGCAUG